AUGGCAGACGCAGAACCACAAUUCACGUCUCUGCAGGCGCGCAUCGCAGCCUUGAACCAGCAGAGCAAUGGGAGACCUAUCAACCCAGCACCAACAGGGAAGAGGCCUCCUCCACCACCACCACCCGACAGACCAAACCUUCCUACAAGACACACAGUCAACAAUCCUCCCAUCUCAACCUACGGAUCCUCAGUUACGAAACAAGCCAACAAUCAACCUAUUGGUGCUCGUGGCCAAGCUCUGCUCCCACCUCCUCCAGUCGAUCGAGAUCAAGCACAAACUCCCACGCCUUCAAUGACGAAAUCACCUCCAUUACCUUCUCGGAAUGGCCCACCUUCUCUUCCCACACGCAAGGCAUCGCAGCCCUCUCCAGCUCUGCCACCAAGAAAAUCGUCCACCCAGUUAGUGCCAAGUACGCAGAUGGUCAGGCGAGGUUCGAAUUCGUCCACAAUAUCACACAGUUCCACUAUCUCGGGCAUAUCUCUAGGAUAUGGAAGUUCCUUGACGAGCGUUUCGUCUGGGGAAGCAGGCAGGAAAUUGCCUCCGGCACUGGGCGAAGCAAAAUUACCGCCUCUGCCGCCGACGAGGAGGGAGGUGGAGGAGAAUAAUAGAAUUGCAAAAGAGAGGGAAGCCGAGGAGAAGGCAAGGAUCGCAGAAGAGAAGGCGAGGCAGAAGGAGGCGGAUGCGAAAAAGCUUGAGAAAGUUCCUAGUGUGACUGCGAGGGCUACGCCUGCAGUCCCCAUUCGCCCAUAUCAGAUCACUGCGAAGUCGAUCCCCACACUACCAACACGGGAUACUCAACUCACGGAGAGAGAUCCAGCUCCAAAGAUGCCGCCUAGGCCUAGUGUCCCAUCGAGAGUACCUUCCAGGCCAAAAAGUAGCAACUGUCAGGUUGAAGAAGCUCCACCUCAGCCAGUUAGAAGACUACCUCCCCCCUCUCAGGCAACGAAAUCGAUUCUACAUAUGGGAUUUGGGAACAAGCAAAAAGAGACGCCAAACCCGGCACCGACUCCAGCACCCACUUUACCCACUUCUCGUCCAGGCCCUGCGGUCCAAGAACUGGACGAAAGUAAUUUCGACCAAGCUAUCAGGGGGAAAUGGGCCCUGGUCGAAUUCUACUCCCCAUAUUGCCAAAACUGCACAGAACUCGAGCCGAUAUACAAGGAACUCGGGCAAGCCUUUGCCUUUGCCUCGGACCGUUUGCUGAUUGCCAAAGCGGACGCCAAAAAGUACCCGCGCCUCAUAUACAACUAUCGUUUUGAAAUGUUCCCGGGAGUAUUCUUGAUCGACCAGCGUGGAAAGUCCGAGAAAUACCCCGGCGAGCGUGAUUUGGACGAGUUGACGCAGUUCGUCGAGGAGAAAACUGGCAUCAAAAUUUCAGAUGGGACGAAGAUGCCAAGUACUGUCCCUCCACCUAUCAAAAUGAGUUCCAAGCCGUCUGCGAAGGAUGUUCAAGCUGUGCAGGCUAGGGUGGCUGCUCUUCCAUCUGGAUGUCUGCAAUGUAGAGACUUUUCCGAACCUGACAAUGUGGCGGCGCAAUACCCACGACAUUCACUGCCUCACACUCAUGAUCUCACGGGAUAUCUGGCUGAUGUCCUCUGCACGCCAUUCUCCUCGGCGACGGACAAGGCUCGGGCUAUCUUUACUUGGUUGCAUCACAAUAUUGCAUACGAUGUAGACGCCUUCUUCGGGAAUCGCGUCAAGCACGUUGAACCAAAAGAUACUAUCACAACUGGUUUGGCUGUGUGUGGAGGCUAUGCUGGCCUAUUCUCUGCCAUUGCACUCAAGGCAGGACUUGAGGCUGUCAUGGUAACAGGUCACGGAAAAGGAUUCGGAUACAAGCCUACACCACCUGGUGAGGCGCCUCCUCCACGGGACCCAUCGGGCCACGCCUGGAACGCAGUACGAAUCGACGGCGGCGAAUGGAAACUCCUAGAUCCAUGCUGGGGAGCAGGAAACGUCAGCGGCUCAUCCUACAACAAACACUUCACGCCAAGCCAAUUCACAAUGCCCAACGAAGCAUUCGGGCUAAAGCACUUCCCCCAAGACGACGCCUACUUCUUCCGCGCCGACCGCAGCAUCCCCACCUGGGAAGAAUACAUGCUCGGGCCCUGCGGCGAGGAGCCCGUCCAAAUCUUUGGCGACGCAGAGACCAAGAACGCCGUCGACAUUACGUCCUUCUCGCCGCCUCAGCGCCGCAUCAAAGUCAACAGCAACGAAACCAUCCGCUUCCAGUUCUCCAAGACCUGCGAGCACUGGGACGACAACAAUAACCCGCUUGGCAAGCCGUAUGUCAUGAUUAUCAACAUCAAGGGGCAGGAUGGUCGCAAGGAGGAUUAUGUCCCGUUUGAGAAGAACGAGUUUUGGUAUUGGGCGGAUGUCAAGGCGAGGGAUUUGGGGGCACCCGGGCAAACGAUUGGGGUGUUCUCGGUUAAUUUUGUGGAGGGGAGGGAUGCGAGGGGGUUGAGUACGAAGGAGUAUUUGAGGAAGAAGGGGAAGGUUGCUAUGGGUCCUUUUGGAGGGAUUUGUAGUUGGGAUUUGGUGUGA